CCCGCUCUGCGAAUCUGCCCGUCUCACUUCUCAGUUAAGCCACUGAGUUCCUCCUGCUGCUGGAAGGUGAAGGCGAGUUGCCCUUAUCYUUCACUGUCUUAGAAUAUAUACACUGAAGCUUGGGAAAAGAUAUUUAUGUAAUUUCUGUGUCAAAAUUAAAGACCUGCUAUGGCAAUGAAGAAAGAGAUUGAAUUUGUCAUUUUCACCUAAAGAAAAAUGAUAGACAAAAAUCAAACCUGUGCUUCAGGACAGGAUUCUAUACCCUAUAUGACCUGUCUGAUUCACAUACUCGAAGAAUGGUUUGGUGUGGAGCAAUUGGAGGACUAUUUGAAUUUUGCAAACCAUCUCUUGUGGGUUUUUACACCACUAAUUCUUUUAAUACUUCCUUAUUUUACUAUCUUUCUUCUCUAUCUUACUAUUAUUUUCUUACACAUUUAUAAGAGGAAAAAUGUAUUAAAAGAAGCUUAUUCUCAUAAUUUGUGGGACGGUGCAAGGAAAACAGUGGCAACUCUGUGGGAUGGACAUGCAGCAGUUUGGCAUGGUUAUGAAGUUCAUGGGAUGGAAAAAAUACCAAAAGAAGGACCAGCACUUAUAAUUUUUUAUCAUGGAGCUAUUCCCAUAGAUUUUUACUACUUUAUGGCUAACAUUUUUAUUCACAAAGGCAGAACUUGCCGAGUAGUGGCUGAUCACUUUGUCUUUAAAAUUCCAGGGUUUAGUUUAUUACUUGAUGUAUUUUGUGCUCUACAUGGACCAAGAGAAAAAUGUGUUGAAAUUCUGAAGAGUGGUCACUUGUUAGCUAUUUCACCAGGUGGAGUUCGAGAAGCCCUAUUUAGUGAUGAAACUUACAACAUCGUAUGGGGUAAUCGAAAAGGCUUUGCUCAGGUUGCAAUUGAUGCAAAAGUGCCCAUUAUUCCUAUGUUUACACAAAAUAUUCGAGAAGGAUUUAGAUCACUUGGAGGAACAAGGCUGUUUAGAUGGCUUUAUGAAAAAUUCCGUUAUCCGUUUGCUCCAAUGUAUGGCGGUUUUCCAGUGAAGUUACGGACUUAUUUAGGUGAUCCCAUUCCAUAUGAUCCAAAGAUAACAGCAGAAGAAUUAGCUGAAAAGACGAAGAAUGCUCUUCAAGCUUUGAUUGAUAAGCACCAAAGAAUUCCAGGAAACAUUAUGAGUGCUUUGUUAGAACGUUUUCAUAAAAAACAAAAGGUCAACUAGAAGUUGAUUUAAUUUAUGAUAUUAAUAUGCUUGUGUCUAUGGUACUGUCUUCUAAAUUUUAUAGAUCCUGUAAUUAGUAUUUUUWAAAAAUCAUGUUGAUAAGCAUCUUUCUCAGAACUUGUGUAUUUAAAUUGUCAAAUUUUUUUGCAAUCAGUUGUGUCAAAUUUAAUUAGUAACUUGUUACAUGCCUAAUAAUUCAGAAAAUGAUUGUAUUCCAUUUGUAACUUCUUAAUGAUUUAUGAUAAAUGUAUGGGUUCUUGAAAGUUAAGUUUUUAAUUACAGAAGUUUAGGUUAAGUAAACAUUCCUGAAUAAUGCACCUAAUUUCUUUAUGUGUCUGACUGAGAUAAUUUUGAGACAGGGUAUAAGCUAUAGGUUUUUGUACARUUGCUUAAGUUAGAAAGGAAAAGUUUUAAAAUCUGUUCCUCAUUUCUUUCAUGACUUCGGGCAAGUCAUGCAAUGUUUUUGUGCCUCAAUAAUUUACUUUUUAAGUCAUGGAAAUGCUAUGGUAAGGAACACUACUUUAAGUUCUUUAUGAUUGAUGACUAUUGAACUGAAAUUAUAACCAAAUUAUGUCAYAUCUUAUCCAUGGGAUGUUUGAAUUUUUCCUUCGGGUAUGAUGUCCAGUUGCCAAGCACAACGAAAGAUACGUACUGUUUUUCAAAUUGAAUAGAAAGAAAUUAGGGAAAAUAUAAUUUCUACUUGUUACCUUUAGUAUKUAUUAUAUUUUUGACAAGAUCCUGUAAAUAUACAAUAUAGGGUGCAUUGUCAGCCCUAUAACAUUAUAAAUCAUUGUUGUGUUCUGCAUUUUGUUUUAGAAGCUGAUUCUAGGCUGAGGAAAGUGGAAAUAAAACUCUGCUUUGGCUCAACACUGUAGUUCUUGCAGUUUGACAUUUGUACCAGUCAGAUGGCUUAUUGUUUCAAUAAAAUAUACUUACUUGAAUGAUGAAUUUAUGUGAACAGAAAGCUCUCUAAGUAGUUAAUGGCUUUUGAUUUGCUGUCUCCUUGAAGGUCGAUUUUAAAUAGUAUUUAAACAGAAAAGUAUCCAAAAUCAAAUGCAGUAUCUCCCUUUUGUAGAUGUUAAAGUACUUGGGUUUUGUAUAGAUUUUUGUAUUACAAGUGUAUA